UUGUCCAGCGGCGGGUGUCUGCUGGGACCGCCCCUCCCCGCCGGGCCUGCUGCCCCUUCCCAGCUGCGGGAGGAAUGAAGGUGGUGACGUGAGGGGAGGUGGUUCUGCCCUACUUGUGCUGGCGGCCGCCCAAGGGAAGCUUCGCCCUGGUCUAGAUUGCCAUCUUUCCCCCUUCCCCCCAUUUCCUCAGGGGCGCGGUUGCGGAUAGCUCUUGUCCCAGUCCAGAUUUUCUUUUUUGUACAUACAUUGUUUUGUAUAUACUUUAUAUGAUGACUUCGGUGGGCAGUGAACGUACCCGGGGCACUAGGGACAAAAUGCAAAUUUCAACCUCUCAGCCAACACAACCACAGAAACAAUUAGUACAGGCAACAGCAGAACAGAUUCGCCUUGCUCAGAUGAUUUACGAUAAGAAUGACACAGAUUUUGAAGAUAAAGUGAAACAACUUAUGGAAGUGACGGGAAAAAACCAGGAUGAGUGCAUAGUGGCACUACAUGAUUGUAAUGGGGACAUGAACAGAGCAAUUAACAUAUUGCUGGAAGGAAGUUCUGACACGACUUCUUGGGAGACUGUAGGGGGAAAGAAGAAAAACCUUGGAAAAGAAAGUUUGGAAAACAAAGAAAACAGAGAGAAACGAGGGGACAGAGAAAUGAGCCGUGGAUGGGGAAAUUCCAACAGAUGGGGAAGAGGAGGCAGCCGUGGCCGAGAGUUCAGAACUGAAGAGAAUGGAGUGGACAACAAUCAAGGAGACAGGCCUUCAGACCGUGGGAAACGUGGCCGUGGGAGAGGGUUUGGACAUGGCAGAGGGAGAGGAGCAGGGAAGUUUUCAGCCCAAAGCAUGGGGACAUUUAACCCUGCAGACUAUAUGGAGUCUUCUGCCACUGAUGGCUUUGGAACAAAAUCAGAGAUUUGGGAGAUGGGUCAGAAUGAUGCAGAUGAUGGAACUGGAGCAUGGAAAAACUCAGUAGAAGAAUGGACUGCAGAAGACUGGAAUGAAGAUCUUUCUGAAACAAAAAUCUUCACUGCUUCCUCUAUUCCAGCUGAGAAUCAUGUGCCUCCUAGGCAAAGCACUGAUUUGGUAACGCUGCUUCAAAAGCCCGAAAAGACUGUGACCCUUACCCAAGAGACAGAAGGCAACUCAUUUGAGGCUUCCCAGCAACAGACCUUUGGCCAAGCCCUACUCUUCACAAAUUCUCAGCACGGCACCCAGAUGGCAUCAGGAACUGGCAGCUCCAGUGCUGUAAACUCUUUUUGUCCUCAAAGUCUGUCUGCAGUUCUUUGUUCUGGCUUUGGAGAAUGUGGGUCUCCUAAACUGACAAACUCUACCAGAUCCCAAAUCUUGAACCAGUUGAAAUCUCCAGGUUUGGGUCAGUUUACCUCUCAACAAAGCAAAAAUAGUUCUACUACCACUACCACAUCAUCCUGGGAUCAAAAACCACCCAUUACCCAGGCCUCAGUCUUUAGUCAGUUUGACUUGAAAUCGCAGCCUCAACCAUCCCCAGUUCUAAGCCAUCUGACCCAGCGACAGCAACGACAAACACAGACAUCCCCUGUUCCUCCUCCUGGGUUGGAGUCCUUCUCCUCCCAGGUAAAAUUCCACGAGCCAUCACCAGUAGACACCUCUACUGCUGUUAGCAAAAUGUUACAGCUCCCCACUAUAUCUAUGCAUAACCAGGAAGUUACUGCCCGCCAAACUCAGCAGAAGCAGAUAAAAGCACCAAAACGGAGGAUAACUCCAGCAACCAAGAUUCCUGCCUCUGCAGUGGAGAUGCCUGGAUCAGCAGAUGUGACAGGAUUAAAUGUUCAGUUUGGAGCUUUGGAGUUUGGAUCAGAGCCUACACUCACAGAAUUUGGAUCAACUUCAAGCAGUGAGAAUACCAGCCAGGCAACCAACAAUAGCUUGUACUCAAAAUCUGUCAAUGAUCCUUUGAAUACGUCUCUGCCAAUAUCCAAUACAGUACAGGAGUCUACCUACACAACUUCUGCCAUCAGCUCUUCCAGUCUGACCUGCUCAUCCCAGAGCACUAGCCCAGUGACAACUUCCUCCUAUGAGCAGACUUCUGUGCUUAGUAGGAUAGUGUACCAAAGCUCCAUGGCUCCAUCUGAACCAACCCCUGUUGCAGUUACAAACGGGCACAGCAGUGUUAGAACACAGGCAACUCUUGACACUACUUCAUCAGUUCCUGUGCUUAAGACAGAGCCUUCUCCCUCACUACCUUCUGCUGGUUCUCUGCCCAGCAUGAUGUCCACUACUGCUUCACUUCUGCCUUUAGCAUCGCAGCACACAGGAGCUUUGCCCAGCUUGCCUCAGUCCAGUGAUCUGGCCAGCAGCUCACUCUCACAGUUAAGCAGCUCCAUUUCCAAUCAUCAGAGCAGCCUCUCCCCUGCCUCAGUGUUGUCUUCAAGCACAUCACAUGUGCACACUAGUGUUGAGAACACAACUUCGCUUCAGCCUUCAACAACUUUUUCAACUGCUUCAACCUCAGCUACUAGCACUACCUCUUCAGUUGUCAGCAUGGCAAGCAGUAUGAACACUACAGCUAGCCUUGGCCUGAGUGUUACCAAUGUGUCUACUACCACACGGGCAACUCCCUUAAUGUCUUCAGGGAAAGCUCCCCCAAAUCUGCCUCAAGGUGUACCACCCUUGUUGCAUAACCAGUAUAUUGUGGGACCUGGAGGACUUCUGCCUGCCUACCCAAUUUACGGUUAUGAUGAUCUCCAGAUGCUUCAAUCCAGGCUGCCAAUGGAUUACUACGGAAUUACAUUCCCUGCUCCUGCAACCUUGACAGGCAGAGAUGGAAGCCUUGCUAACAACCCCUACUCAGGUGACGUAACAAAAUUUGGCCGUGGGGAUUCUGCCUCCCCUGUUCCUGCUACCACGCUUGCCCAGUCGCAGCAGAACCAGACUCAGACUCACCAUACAACUCAGCAGCCAUUCCUCAAUCCGACCCUGCCCCCGGGGUAUAGCUACACUGGGUUACCUUAUUAUGCUGGUGUGCCCGGUGUUCCCAGUGCAUUCCAAUAUGGGCCAGCCGUGUUCGUACCUCCAGCAUCUGCUAAACAGCAUGGAGUCAACCUGAACACCACGUCAACUCCUUUUCAGCAAGGGAGUGGCUAUGGGCAGCAUGGCUGUGGAGCAGGCUAUGAUGACUUAACACAGGGAACAGCAGCUGGAGAUUACAGCAAAGGAGGCUACAGUGGGUCAUCUCAAGCACAAAACAAAUCUGCUGGUACUGGACCUGGGAAAGGUGUUUCUGUGACCUCAAGUAACACGGAUGUGUCUGAUAUCAGUGGCUCAGUCUAUAACAAGACUCAGACAUUUGACAAACAGGGAUUCCAUGCUGGCACACCACCUUCUUUUAGCCUACCCUCUGCUCUCAGAUCAACUGGGCUGAAUCCUGGUGCUGCCCCAGGUUAUGCUUCAGCCCCAUUUCUCCAUAUCCUCCCUGCACAUCAGCAACCUCAUUCCCAGAUGCUGCAUCACCACCUUCAGCAAGAUGGGCAGGGUGGAUCUGGCCAACGCAAUCAACCCAGCACCAUGCAGCAAAAGUGUCACGCUACCAAAACCUAUGGCACUUCUCCAUACUGGACAAACUAAAUCCAGAAGGGGGGGGGGGGGUUGAGGAGGCAAGCUAAAAAAAGAGAAAAAAGAAAAAGCUGACCCCCAUUCCUAGAAUUAUUAGGAGAAAUUACUGCUCAGCCAAACCUCUGUGUGGGGAGAACUGCAACCAGGCAGCCAUUCUCAGUGUGACUUGCCUGUUUCCUCUUGAAGUUGCUGUUGUAUGUAAUAUAUUUAUGUAUGUAUUUGUAAAUGUAAUAGAGGGUAAAUGUGGUUUUCUGCAUCUUUCAGCCUGUUUUAUUUUCUUUGUAGGGAAACAUUAUGAAUUUCCCAUCUGCACCAGAUCAUCCUUCCUUCCUUGUUUUUCUUAAGCUUUAUAACUGUCAAAAGACAAACUGUGCCUUUUUUUUUUUUUUUUUUUUUUUUAGCUGGAGCCCAUUUAUUUCACGCAGUUCUAAAUUCAGGCAAAUAAAACCUGCCUUCCCCCCCCCAAAAAAAAAAAAUUAGGAUGUGUCCUGUUGGUUUGAUUUCUGCCCUCAGCCCCCAAUAUAGCUGUUACUUUAAAGAGAUAAAAAAGGGGCUGGGAGAAGGAAAAAAAGUUUUGUGGGUCUUCCUCUUUCUUUUAUCUCCUCAUUCCUUCCUGCUGUGGAAGAUGAACUCUUGUGGGCAGUUUGUUCACUGUGGCCCUGAGCUGCACUCUCAUCUUUUUUUUUUUUUUUAAUAAUAAAGGCCUUUUUAUGUUUGUGGUUUUUCUUUGUGGGUUUUUUUGGGGGGGAUGUGGUUGUGUGUUUUGAUAGUGGGUUGGGGUAUUUUGUUUCUCUAGCAAGAGACUUUGGAUGGCUCAGUGGGUCGUGCAACUUCCUUUCCAUCAUUAGAGGCAAAAACUAUGUAGCAGUUUCUUAAAUAAAAGUAUAAGCUGUGUCUUGUACCUCUUUUUGCCUCAAGCCACCCUGCCCAGAAAAGACACAGCUACUUGAUGGAAACUUCACCUCUCCCUCCCCAAUUUUUUCUAAAACAAGACCCUGGAGGCAACUCCUGGUCCUUCUUGUCCUACACCAGUGCAGUGAAUGUUUUAGGAGUUUUAUUUCUUUUUAACUCUCCCUCCACCUAAUAAAUAUUUGAGCGUA